AUGAGUUGUGGAAUACUUCGCAAAAGAGCAAAACCAAAGAACAACAGCAGUAGCAGCAACAAUAUUAGACGUCUUCCGCGUAAAUUGGAAGAAAUCUUACAAUAUGAAGAGCCUGAUGUGGAAGUACUUUUGGAUGAACAAAUCAGGUACUGGAUUGAUACAAAGACAAAGGCAAAGUGCUUCUUCUUGUAUGCCAAAAAUCUACAUGUCCUAUGGUCAGAAGAAAGCAGCAAGUGGAGUCUGCCCCAAUAUAAAGAGCAUCCAAGUGAUCAACCUGUUCAAGUUUACGAGAUGGAAACAGUUCUAUCACUAGCUGUUGGUGGAAGUUUUGAUGCAGGAAAGCUUUCGAGGGGAGUAGAGUACAAAGUUUCACUUGUGGUGUUAUUGAAGAAAUUUCUCUCAGGAUGGGAAUUUCCACUGCAAACUAUACUUGUUAAGCCUGAUGGUACCGAAGAACAUCAAAGUACUGAAGAUCUUAUGGAAAAGCCAAAAAGAAAAUGGAUAAAAAUUCAACUAGGGACUUUCAUGAUUCCACAAGAGAUGGAAAGUAUCACAAAUUUGGAAUUCUAUGUGCAUGAAAGGAAAGGUAGAAAACUUAAGAUGGGACUGGUUAUUAAAGGUGUUGAAGUUUCUGUCUAA